AUGGUUGGGCGGCCUAUUGUCAUCAGUGGUCCCUCUGGAACAGGUAAAUCCACUUUGCUGAAGAAGCUGUUUGCUGAGUUCCCAGACAAGUUUGGAUUUUCCGUGUCCAACACCACGAGAAAACCUAGACCUGGUGAAAAAGACGGUGUCGAUUACCACUUCACCACGGUAGAGGACUUCAAGAAGAUGAUUGAAGAAAACAAAUUCAUUGAAUGGGCCCAGUUCUCCGGCAACUACUACGGCACCUCUGUGAAAGCUGUGCAAGACGUGGCCGAAGUGAUGAAGAGAACGUGUAUUUUGGACAUUGAUAUGCAGGGUGUCAAGAGCGUCAAGAAGACCAACCUGGGAGCCCGAUUCCUCUUUAUUUCUCCUCCGUCCAUCGAAGAGCUCAAGAAGAGGCUCGAGAGCCGUGGAACAGAGACCCCUGAAUCUCUUGCCAAGCGGCUUGCUGCUGCAUCUGCGGAGAUGGAGUACGCCAGGGCAGGUGGACACGACAAGGUCAUUGUCAACGAUGACCUUGAGAAGGCGUACUCUGAGCUGAAGGAGUUCAUUUUCGCCGAGCCCAUCUAA